AUAAUGUUCAUCCUUUUACGAUUACUAUAUAUAAUCCGAGCUGAUUGAUUCACAGCAUCAUUCGUUUUACUUCAACCGAUCGAACAGUUUCAAAUUUUUAUAAAAAAAACCAAGUAUUUCGAGUACAAUGGCUCUCAAAAUUGUCAUUUUACUUGCUUUGUCAAGUGUCGCUUUGGCUGUUGAUGUUGUUCCAUCACCUGUAUCAGCUGUAGUCGCAAAAUCUGUUGUUGCACCUCAUGCCGUAGGAUGGGGAGCACCUUGGGGAGCAAGAUGGGCUGCUCCAGCUGAAGAUGACGGUAGCUGGACUCCCGACAAAUACGAUAGAGUUGCUCCAGCUCACCCAGUCUGGAACAAUGGCUGGAAUGGAUGGAACAAUGGCUGGAACGGAUGGAACAAUGGCUGGAAUAACUUAAGAGCCGGAUAUCCAGUAAAUCAAUAUGCCGCUGGUUGGAACAACGGCUGGAACAACGGAUGGAACGGCUGGAACAACGGAUGGAAUGGCUGGAACAACGCCAGAUAUGGCUACCCAUACUACAGACGUUAAGUACAAAACUCGACUAUGCCUGUUACUUAAUACAGCUCUGCAAAUGGCUUCAACCAUACAUAACAUGGCACAAGCUUUUGGAUAGUAAAAAGAUAUCAACAUUUUUAUGGAUACUAAUAAUUUGUUAAAUACUUCAUAUUUUCACUCUCAUGUAAAUUUUGUAUAUUUUAAGUUAAAUAAAAUUUAUGAAAUGUACAGCAAAAAAAA